AGGUGGCUGAUGGGCUCUGCUGUGUCCUGACAACACCCUGCUUAACUCAGUGCACAACUGGCAAUGCAGAAAGGGCUUCGGGAUCUCCUGUUGUGAUGCGACAGAAAAAUUUCAACUGGAAAAAUGUUGCCAGAGUACAAUCUGGUCCUGAUGGAGAACCAAACCACCUGGAGAUGGAUGAGUCACUCUUCAGCUAUGGCCUCCGGGAAAGCAUCGCCUCUUACCUCUCCCUGGCAGGAGAAGAUGGCUCUUCCUUUGCCAAUGACCGGAAAAAGAAAAGUCAUUCUCUGAUAUAUACUGGGAACAAACGCAAGAGUGCCCUGUUUUCUGCUCCUCAGUAUUUUGAAGAUUAGGCUAACAACCCAGAAGGAAAUAUAUGACUGAAUUCUCACCUUAAAUCUCCCAUGCAGCCAUGAGGCCUAACUCCUGGUGGGCUCAGAGCAACCAGAAACAGAGAAAGAAUGGACACAUGGAUAACUAAACUCUCAAUCUUCACCCCACUCCUCAUCAGACCCCCAGUCUCCCCUGGGUCAACAAAAGAAAAAUCUCUCCUGGUGGCUAGAUAGUACUGUA